AUGAAGUACUUCCUUAGUUGCGCUUACUCUGCUACAGCUUCGAUUGGUUACGGGCACUAUCAAUUGAGAAAGGCGGCACAAUCAUCGAAUGUGAAUCCAAGCCUCCAGUUGGAAAAGUGGCAGGAGCAUGGAAUUUCAUGUCAGUCGGUGUUUUCUUGGCCUCUCAAGCUUUGCCUCGCAGGCAAAUUCCAGUAUCAAAUUCUGGGGGCUCCUCAUUGCAAGUUCGUUGCCCAUACGACUUCACCGGAAAAAAGGAUAGAGACAGUUCUGUUUAAGGCAUCGAUCGAGUUACUAGGUACCCUGGUCUUGGGUCGAUGGGGUAGGAAAGAUCCUUUGGCAACCAGCGUCACUGUGAGACUUUGGUGGUGCGGACCUUCAUUAGUGGCGUGGCUUGGAGGUGCUCACACGGACAGCCGCUUUCGACGAUGUUUGGGCGGUCAUAUUGAUAUCUAA